AUGCGUAAAGAUCUAGCAGCUAAACUCUAUGCUGAUUAUCCUCACUUAUUCUGGCAAAGAUCACUUCCAAGAAAUCAGUCUUCUAUGCAUGAUGGUUUAUGCAUUAGCGACGGAUGGGAACCAAUUCUGAGACAAUUAUGUCAGCAGUUGACCAAUAUUUUAGUUAAUGACAUGGGACUUGAUCUUGCUUCACCAGACGCAAAACAGUAUGCUUUUACACAAGUGAAGCAGAAGCUUGGAGAACUUCGAACUUAUAUGACGAAUACCACACCCGCUAUGAAGAAUGCUAUUGACGAUGCUGAGGAUAAAGUGGCUCGGACGUGCGAAUCGUGUGGAGAACAAGGCAGUACCAACGAAGGAUUAAGUGGCUACAUAGUCACAUUAUGCGCACGUUGUGCAAAUGAUACAAGAAAUAAUCGAUGA